GAUCUGAUCAAAUGGAAGUCGCUGUCAAAUCGAAAUUAACAUUCGUCACAUACACCUCUUCAAACUAGCAGAUUCAGCAAUGAGAUUCCUUAAACUUGUCACUCUAAUCGCUAUAUUGGUUUUGAUUAGUCAAUGCACCGCAGCACAGAAGGCAAAGGACGACAAGGUGAUUGUCAGUCUCUAUUACGAAACACUGUGUCCGGACUGCAUUGAAUUUAUUUCGAAACAAAUCAGCAGAGCAUGGAAAUUGAUGGGAAACUACUUUGACAUUGAAUUUGUACCUUAUGGCAAUGCAAAGACCCUACCCACUUCUCCUCCAACAUUUCAAUGUCAGCACGGAAAAAGCGAAUGCGAAGGAAACAAAAUGCACGCCUGUGCAAUCAAACACAUUCCCGAACCGAAAAUCACUCAAUUCAUUGUCUGUUCGAUGUCAAGCAAAGAUCCUCCGAAUGCCGGUCAGAAAUGUGCCCAAUUACUAAAUGUUGACUUUAGUCUCAUUCAGUCGUGUGUGGCUACAACCGGCGAAGGUGACCAAUUAUUGUACGAUUUUGGAGUGCAAACGAAUAAUCUGCAACCACCGCACCAAUAUGUUCCUUGGAUUCUUUUCAAUGGAAAUUUUGAUGAACAGGACAAUGAUAAGGCGGAUAAAGAUCUGGUUCGAGUUAUCUGUACAAAAUUACGGAAUGCACCCGACAUUUGUAAUAGUGUCGAUUUGAUAGUUUAGACAGAGCAGUGGAUUCCAUUCAAAUUUUUAGGUAGUUACCCGAAGGUGUCAUUGAUUUACAUAUAGGCUCAAAGUGAAAUACAUUUAUCGUUUUACA